UCCAAAAUACUGGUAAUUAAAUGUCACAAAUUCGUAUCAUAAUGAAAUAAACCAUCAUUUCUUCAACAACUUCUGUAAAUCCCAACUUAACAAAACAACCUAUGUGAAUACAGCUCAAUUCGAAUGGUUCCUUGUUGCACCUUCAACAGUCAUAUCUGCGCGAUCCUCGACAAAUGCAGCAAUCUCAAUCACCUUAAACAGCUCCACGCCCAUCUCAUCACGCUAGGGCAUGGCCACAUUCACUUCUACGCCUUCAAGCUCAUCCGCUUCUGCACCACUCGCCUCCGCGACCUCACCUAUGCACGCCACCUGUUCGACAAAUUCCGCUCGCCCAAUAUCUACCUCUACACCGCGAUUGUCGACGCCUGCGCCUGCGCGGCCGACCACAGAGCAGCCGCGCUCAUUUACCGCGACAUGGUCCGUGAGAAUCGCUCGAGGCCGAACGAAUUUAUCCUCUCGAUUGUCUUGAAAUCGUGGCCGGAGGUGGCGAGGGGUCACGGGGUGGAAACUGUGCAGGCGCAGAUAGUUAAAUUGGGGUUUUGUGGGUACUCGGUUGUGCAGACGGCAGUGAUGGAUGCUUACGCGAGGUGUGGAGCUGAAAUUGGAGUUGCGAGGAAGGUGUUCGAUGAAAUGCCUGAAAGAAGCGUGGUGUCGUGGACUGCGAUGAUUUCGGGGUAUAUGAGAGCUGGGAGGGUUUGGGAUGCGAUUCUGUUGUUUGAAGAGAUGCCGGAGGGUAUUAGGGAUACACCGUUUUGGAAUUGUGUAAUUGCUGGAUGUGUGCAGAAUGGAUUGUUUUCAGAGGCUAUUGAGUUUUUCACGAGGAUGGUUUUAGGCGGAGCGAAUAGGCCGAAUCAAGGCACGGUCGUGUGCGUUUUGUCGGCAUUGGGGCACAGUGGAAUGCUGCAGUUUGGGAGAUGCAUUCAUGGAUAUGUCUAUAGAAGUGGACUUAGUUUAGAUUUGUUUGUUGUGAGUGGUUUGAUUGACAUGUAUGGGAAAUGUGGAAGUUUUGAUAAAUCAAGAACUGUUUUUGAGAUGUCUGAUCAAACAAAUUUGGCAUCUUGGAACGCUUUAAUAAACUGUUAUGCAUUGCAUGGCCGGAGCAACGAAGCGGUUGCUGCAUUCCAAAUCAUGAUGAGGCAAGGGCGAGAAGAGCUGAAGCCGGAUGCAAUCACAUUCAUUGUCUUGUUGAACGCUUGCACUCACGGAGGGUGGGUUGAGGAAGGAUGCAGCUAUUUUGCUAUGAUGGUUGGGGAUUUCGGAAUUGAGCCUCGGAUUGAGCACUAUGGGUGCUUAGUGGAUCUUCUUGGGCGAGCAGGGUGGUUUCAGGAGGCAUUGGAGGUUGUGAGUGGGAUGAGAGUGCCACCAGAUGAGGUGGUUUGGGGCUCAUUGCUCAACGCUUGCAAGAUCCAUAGGCGUGGAGAUUUGGCCGAGUUUGCUGUGGGGAAGCUUGUGGAGAUGAGUCCUGGCCACAGAGGGUAUAGGGCAAUGUUGGCUAAUUUACACGGCGAGAUGGGGAAAUGGGAUGAGGCGAGGAGGGUUAGGGCGGAUUUAACCGGAUGGGGUGGUUAUAAGGCGGCUGGGUGCAGUUGGAUUGAGGUUGAGGGGAUGAUUCAUGGCUUUUACUCUGUUGAUAGAUCACAUCCUAGAACAGAGGAGAUGUAUGAGGUUUUUAGAUGCUUUAGCGAUGCUUCGAGAGUUGAGCACGCGUCCUGGUGGCCAUGGCAGCUGCGGUAGGGACGGAUGUAGAAAAAACCGGGAUAGGACUCCUAUUGUUGGACGAAGGGGGUAAUAUUUUUUUGUUGAAAAAUUGGAUAUUAGAUUUAUUAAAAUACGUUAUGGAGUUAAUUAAAUUUACCUUUUUUGGAACAAAAAAAGGGAAAGUAAAUUGUUUUGUUGACCGUUUCUUUAGUUAGGACAGACGCUUCACCUUCUCUUCUCUUUAUAGAAAAAUAGUUUUGAGCUUC